AUGCAGAGUGGCGUUCCUGAGAAACACGAGAAAUCAGUGCCUCCGGUUGAUUUAGUGAGCAACAUUGUAAAGGAUUCGCCUCACAAGAUUUUCAUUGGUGGGAUUUCGAAUGUUAUUUCAUCAGAAAUGCUUAUGGAGAUUGCUAGUGCGUUUGGACGUUUGAAGGCGUAUUGCUUUGAAGUUAAUGCAGAUCAUAACAUACCAUGUGCUUUUCUUGAGUACGUUGACCAGUCAGUUACUCCAAAGGUGUGUGCGGGUCUUAAUGGUCUGAGGUUGGGAGGACAAGUGCUGACUGUAGUCCAAGCUACUCCGGAUGCUUCAUCAGUGGAAAAUAUUGGAAACCCACCUUUCCAUGGGAUCCCUGAGCAUGCAAAACCACUUCUCGAGAAGGCCACAAGAGUUCUCAAGCUCAAAAAUGUGUUGGAUCCCGAGAAGCUUGUCUCACUGUCAGAAACGGAACUGGAAGAAAUAGUGGAAGAUAUAAGGCUAGAGUGUGCCAGGUUUGGCUCUGUUAUGUCUGUUAAUCUUGUCAAGGGCAGCAACUAUUGUACCACCCCAGAAACGCUUGAGCCCUUUGACUAUUCUGGUCCUGCCAUGGACGGGCAAGACCUGGAGUGUGAUGACAAGAACAAGAAAAUAGAAAAUUUGGAAGGUUUCAAUUGUGACGUCGGCAAAGUUGGAAAUUCAGAGUCUUCAAUUAUUGCCAAAGAACCUGAAGAGGCGUAUGAAGCUAUGGAAGGUGACCAUGCAAGUGAUAAACCUGGUGCAUCAGGGGCUCCAAGUUCAAACAGAGCUAGAGAACCUGAAGAAGAUAAUAAAAAUGUUGAAGGUAAAAGCAAUUAUGAUGAUCAAAUUGCAGACAAUCUUCUAAAAGAUGAAGUGUGUGAACCAACUCCGGUUGAUAGGGAUGAGGAAGUUGAAGAACCAACCUGCCAGUACAAUUCCAGUGCCAUUUCUGGAGAAUUCCCCAACAAGACGAACACUUUGAUGGAUCAAGGGGGAUGCCAUGAUGACAAGGUUGCUACUAGUGAAAUUUGGGACAUUGAGACGCAUGUGAAAUUAUCAGUUAAAGAAGAGUUAAAAUUGGAGGAAGAUAACGAAAAGUUAGAGGAAGCAGCUUCUAAACUGGAUUCUAGUGUGCGAAUUGAAUUAGAUGCUCUUGAGAAAGUUGAAAAUAAGGAAUAUGUUUCUGAUUUAGGGGAUGUUUUUGAGCCUGGUUGUAUCCUAGUGGAGUAUAGAAGAGCAGAAGCUUCUUGCAUGGCAGCACAUUGUUUGCAUGGACAACUUUUUGAUGACCAGAUCGUGACAGUGGCGUAUGUUGAUCAUGAUCUUUACAGGGCAAGGUUUCCUAAAUGA